UUAUGCUUAUCAUAAUAUCAACCACUAAUUAAAUAAAUAAAUAACAUAUUUUUAAGCAUACUUAAAAAUUGUUUAAAAAGAUACACAUGUCAUAAUUAUUGCUAAUGCACAGUGCAUAGUGUAUACACUCAGAGUCCGGAGAUUCUACACUCCUUACAUUCUUGCGCUACGCCGCUAGUCGCUCCUAUACCUUAUUUUAUUAUUCCUGUUUGUAUAAACAUCUACAAGAAGUUGCUCCUAAUUCAGUUUUAGAGUACUUUAAUAAUAAUUUGCAUGAUUUAAGGAAUGAAUGGGUAACAGGUUUAACUAGCAGUAAUGGGAACUUUAUGAAUUUAACAAACAAUAGAUUAGAAAAUUUUAAUAGUAAAUUAAAAAGUGUAAUUCCUAUUUUUUUCAAAUUUGGAAACAUUUGUCGAAAAAUUAUUUGUUGUUAUUGGAUAUUUAAGAUUAGAAAGGGAUAAAAAUGCACUGAAAAUGGUUCAAAAACAACCAACUACUAGUUUACAAAAUCCAGAAUUAGUUAAAUAUUUUAAUCUUUUAACACUUUAUGCAUUUGAAUUUCUUAAUAAACAAUUUCUCAGUAAAGUAUCCUUUAAUCAAAAUACAACCGAAAAAACAUGUAAUUGUCAAUUUUUCAUGGCAAUGAGAUUGCCAUGCUGUCAUAUAUUUGAAUAUCGACAAAAAUCAAGUUUUCCUUUGUAUGAUUCAACGCUAUGUGAUAAACGAUGGUCAAGAGAAUUCUACUACAGAUCACAAAGAGCUUUAAAAACAGCCAUAGUCAAUUCUGAAUGUAAUGAACAAUAUGAUGUGGAAAUAAAUGUUGAACCACGUAUAGAACAGAUUAAAUCAAAAAAACCAAAAAGUAGUCAUGAGAAAUUUUGAAAGGCAUCUCUUUGUACUACUAAAAUUGCUGAGCUUAUUUCAUAUACAUCCAAUGUCCAUUUUGAUAGAAAAUUUGAACAACUUAAUUUACUGUUAAGAAGCUGGAGUGAUGGGAAAGAGAUUUCAA